UCACGUGUGCGGGAUGAGGGGGCCGGGGAUCGAGCGCAGCGCAGGGAGCAGCACAGGAGGGAGAGCACGCUAGACCAUGCGAGCUAAAUUUGGGAUCGCUUCAAAUCAGGAUGUCACAUUGAUGCAGAUCACCCCCAUCACCCAGGAAACUUCUCGUCUGGCGUUUGUGAAGCAGGCGGCGUCAUGGCCGAAGGAGGGGCUGGUAAAGGUGGCCGAGAAGAGCAAGGGAAGCUGCCUGAGGAGGAGGAGGAGGAGGACAUCCAGGUCCUGCGUGGUGCAGGCCACUGCAAAUGGUUCAAUGUGCGGAUGGGAUUCGGUUUCAUCUCUAUGACCAGCCGGGAGGGAAGUCCCUUGGAGAACCCGGUUGAUGUUUUUGUACACCAAAGCAAACUUUACAUGGAAGGUUUUAGAAGUCUUAAAGAAGGAGAGCCAGUUGAAUUUACAUUUAAGAAAUCUUCUAAAGGUCUUGAGUCAUUACGGGUAACUGGCCCAGGAGGGAAUCCCUGCAUAGGAAGUGAAAGAAGACCCAAGGGUAAAAUGAUUCAGAAACGAAAACCAAAAGGCGAUAGAUGCUACAACUGUGGUGGCCUUGACCAUCAUGCUAAAGAAUGUAAUCUACCUCCUCAGCCAAAAAAGUGCCAUUACUGUCAAAGCAUAAUGCACAUGGUAGCUAACUGCCCUCACAAGACGGUUCCACAACAUCCAGCAGCCUCUCAGGGAAAAUAUGAAGCAGAACAGCAGCCCUCCACCUCUGCUUUUCAACGGGAAGGAGGAGGGUCCUUUGGCUAUUCAUCUCCAUCAUAUUCUCAGGAGGGAAGAUCGGAGCACUCAGAACGUUCAAGCAGGUCACCGCAAGAAGCUUCCUUAAGUAAGACAUCUACGUCGCCUGAAGAACAAAGCAGAAAGGGGCCUUCUGUUCAAAAAAGGAAAAAAAUGUAGCUUUGUCUCAGUGUCUCCCUUAAACUUGCCUAUUCUGGGAAGUUCUACCUCAUAUAAGUACAGGGGAAGUCAUUUCAUUAUUCGCAACUGACCUUGAAUUUUAACUACUGUUGAGGAACUGUGAAUUUAAAAAUGAAAAUAAUCUGCUAAUGGACAAAUCACUCCAGGCAAACUGACCAUGCAGGGUGUUAUGCAUUAUACCUCAUUUUGUGUGUGUGUGUGUAUGAAUGUGUGUGUACGUCAUGCCCUUUAGUACACACGGUUGUAAUUUCAAAACGGAGUAUAUAUGGACAUGUGUAUAUAUUCGCAACCGUUUGCAUUCCCAGCAUUCAUCAAAGUAUGAAACAAUAUCCAUUGUUACCAUUUUCCUUUGAACACUCCUGCUAUUUAUUUUUCGGCACAAUCACGUUUGUGAUGUGUUUUAGUGUGUUUUAAUGGUGUAGAUGGCUGACACCAGUAGUAUUAAUACAUCCCAGAAAGGAGAGUAUUACUUCAUUAAAGCAAUAUUGUCAGCUAUUUCUAAUGCAAGCAUACUGAAAUGGUAUGUUCAGAUGUGAGAAAUGCCAAAACGUGCACCAAAGUGCAUAAUAUAAUGAAUGAUAAUGUGUGGAUGAAGUGAAAUAAUGCAGUAUCAAAAUGAAUAGUUUCUUUGGGUUGGUUUUGGGAAUUCAAAAGCCAGUAGCACUGUAUAAUGUUUGUGCCAGCUAUUAUUAGAAGUGAAAUUAUACCAGCACAUAAAUCUUUUAAGAAUAUACAAUGUGCACAGUGAAUGUAAACCCCUCCAUUUAACAGCUGUAUAAUGUGUUAGCAUAAGCACAUGGUGUUAUAGCCCUUACAUGAAAACUACCCCAUACUCAAAAUGAUCUAUGCACAUCACACCACAUUACGCCACCUGCAACCUUACAGCUGCACUGUCUGACAUCAUAUGCUUUAGUUAUAUAGACUAGGUAAGGCAAAAAGUGGUAGUUAUGUAUACCAAACAAUGUGUUAAUUUUUAGGAUAUUUUUAUACGUAGUAUUUUGAGCCACAAAAUGACUACUUUUCAGCUAAAAAAAGGCUUAAAAAAAUUGCUAAAAAAAAACCUGAUUGGAAGCAUUGCCUAAUCCUGGGCUUAAAAAAAAACAAUCCCCCUAUUUUGGUACAACAUCCAGUUGCCAUGUAGGAUUGUGUAUGUAGUAUAAAAGCAUUGUUUGAACAGAACCUAAAGGCUAGGAGAUUCAGUUAAAUGGUUACACAUUUAAGACAAAAAAUUAUUUUAUAUAUUUUUUUUUCUUGAAACUAGGCUUUCUUGGCAUCACCAUGACAUGUUUGUUACCCUGUCCCAGAUGAUUAUUAAGGGGCAGAUAGGCUGUAAUGACAUUCUUUCUUUAAAGCCCCAACCUGCAGCAUAUGAGUUUCGUAGCAAGCUCAUAUCAUUCUAAUGUUUUUUUUUCUGGUUGUUAGGGUAAAUGUACUUAUGUCACAUUUACCUGUAUGGCAAUGUUUUUAUUCAAAAGGUUUUAUCUCUAGCAGAGGAAUAUGACAUUAGAUUUUCACCAUAUUGAGUAAAAAAAAAAAAAAUAUGCUAAAAUUAGCAUUUAUUUUGAAAGAAUAUUACUAUGAAAGAGUUUAACAGCAAGUGAUAUGUCAAAUACUUUAUGGCCAUUAAUGCCCAUAAGAACCAAGCAAGCCUCUUGUCCAGAAAACAUUCAUUUAAAUUGAAAACACACAUUGGAUUUUUUUUUUUUUUUUUUAUAUUUGCAAGAGAUUUCUUGUUAUGAAAAACUGGAGUAUUUUCUUUAAUUCUUUGUAUGAAUUUCUAGUCUGUAGAAAUAACCAUCCAUUUGGAUUUAUAUAGUGCUGCUGAGGAUUUUGGAUAUGUUUUGCAUUUAGUAACUAAUUAUUGUAGUGAGCUUUGCUUCACCUAAUUUCUCUACUUGCUCGGCAUGUAUUUGCUCAAGGCAAAGCUACAUUGGGCAACUAUUCACAUCUGAAAAGGCAUCCAUUUCAAUAUGAAAAGUAUCAAGAUGUGUAUAAGACUGAUUGACUUUGCGAUAUUAUGGUAAUAUUGCUGCUGCUCAUGAUUAUGAUAUCCACUGGCACGUAUCAAGUCACUACACUUGAAUACCAUGACUGUGCUUUUUUUAUGGUUAUAUAGUACUGGUAAUUGUAUUUUAUUUCUCAUUGUGGUCUAAUGCAAAAUUUAACUUUUGACGAUAUUGAAUGUGAUGAAUUCAUGAAAUGCUUCCUUGCAUUAUGUAAGGAAAACAUAGUCUUAUUUAAGUUAUGUAGACAAAUCAAAGUAAAGUUGCAUAACCUAAGACCGUGUGCUGUUAAGAGCACUUGGAAUUGUCCUAAUGCUUCUGUACUGUGGGUUCUACAAUAAGUGCUUGAUAGAAAAUCAUAUUGGGGGACAUUUAUCAAAGCAUUUAGUCAUUUUUUGUGCAACUUUUUGAUUGUGCAGUGCCCUAAGCAAAAAAAAAAAAAGAAAAAUAAACUUGCUUACCAAAGCAAAAAGUGAUUUUUGACUUGCAGUGGUCAGAGAUUUAUCAAGUGCAAAAGUCGCAAAAAAGUUGCAUUGCAUGAAAAAACCUACUAAGUUUACUCCAGCUCAGACAUGGAGCAGAAAAAAUGCUUACGUGAAAUUUAUCAACAGGCUGAAACAAGUUGAUAAAUAAGUCACACGUAAGCAAAAAAAAUUGUAAGAAAAAAAAUAACAAAAAAAAAGGGAUACAUAAGCAAACAUUGAUAAAUGUCCCCCAUUGUCACUGUCUAUGAAACCAAAGUUUCCUCACUUUCUGCCAAUAGAAGAUUUCUGGAAUUUGAAAAGUGGGCAUUCCCUGUUUACAUAGAGUUCAGAGCCGGAAUCUAGCGGUCAGUCAGACUGUCACUUUUUUUAUUUUUUGACCCUUCCCCUGUGCAUCCCUUCAGUCUGAACUACAUUGAGCACAUACCAAGCCUAUGUUAACUCUAGGUUUUAUUUUUGUAUAUGAGAAUAUUAUCACUAAUUCAAGACCUACUCAGGACUAAGAACUUUGCUCAGGGAAUAUACCAUGUGAUAUUUCACUUCCCAUUACCGAAUCGUCUACAGACCCAUUGUAUUGGAGAGAACCAAAUAGAUGUAGAACGUAUAUCUAAUAUAUUAAGUGUUAUAUUCUGGUAUUAGUAACUACCUCUCAUAUUACAUAUCAACCCACAAUUCUGGUUAUCGUAUAAAUAUUUUUGUAUUUUUAUUUCAUGUGUUAACUAUAAAACUAUGUGUUCAUAUUCUAAUUAUUUACUGUAUGUGAAUAUUUGUGAUUUUGAGUUUUAUUUUCGGUUGUAUUCACAAUGCUUACAUUUUUGGUGUGUUAUUUUUUUUUUUAUUCUGUUUACAGCAAAAGGCUACCUCAUUCAACCAUAUAGCAUUUUAUAUGCUGCUUCAGACUUAAUAGGUAAAUGUCAUAUCAGUGGUACAUUUUUUUUUUUUUUACCUGCUUUAAGUUUAUUCAUUAAAAUAAUGCAAUUAGAGUAGGGCUGUGUUUGAUUACAUAAUUUUCUAUUUAAUAAUUCCUAUUGAGGUUUUUAUGAUUUUGUUUAGAAAGAGGCCUUUAGCUUUGCAUAUUUUGUGAAUGUUGAGACAUUCCACUAGGAGACUGAUCAGGUUGUUGUUCAUGCCCAUAUUAUUCACCUGUUAAAUCAUUAUCAAGAAUCUACCUCUUACUUUCUACCCCUUUUGUUGGAAAUGUUACGUUGUUUAGUUGUGCUAAGAUAAGGUCCUUUGUAAGUCUUCUGCAGUAGAGUUGCACUUUGCAUAAACACAAAGAUACCAGUGUAGUAAAAUCUCACAAAAUUUACACCCUUUCAAAGUGCCUCCAUAUAUCUCAUAGGUUUAUUUUACUAAAUUUUGCCUUCACUUGGCUCCUCAUUGCAUCCAAGUAAUUUUAAAAGCCAAGUAGUUGUGUUCAGUUCUUUUGCCAGUGUUUGGCAGUUUGAGUAUUUAACUUUUAACUCUUGUCAGUUAAGGACACGCCAUGGCAUAACGUAACAUUUAGUUAAUCAUGUGGCAAUGUUUUUUAUUUAAGUAGUUUUCCUUGUUAUAGCAUUUUGAGGAUUUUUUUUUAAUUAAAAUUAUACAACUAAUAAACCCAUUGUGAUUUUAUUUAGAAUCUUUUAUUCAGCAAAUAACAUUCUUUAUUAAAACAAGUAAUGAACUGAGAAAUUUCAAUAACUGUUGAAAGUAAUUUAAGUUAAUUUAUCUCCUGUAAAAAAAUGUUUAUCAUUAAAGUUAUAUAUGUCAAUAUGACCCAUUUAUUAAAUAGACCAGGGUUGGGAAAUAUGUGCAUGUGCACUGAUAUCUUUAUAUAGAUGUAUUUCAUGAACAAGGCAUGUUUUAGGAAAAAAUCUGACCUUUUCUUUGUUUACACCUUUCUAGUAAUGUGCCCACUACUUAUUUUGCAAUAACACAAAUGUUGUGCUGACCUGUUCUAAAAACAAAUACCAAGAGGUUUGGCAAUUGAAAUAUAAAUGCUUGUUCAUUUAAUAAGCACUUAAAGGGGUUUUCCAGGAUUUUAUAAUUGUUGGCCUGUCCUUUGGUUCCUUUUUGGUACCAGUCUGGUGGGGGUCUGACUCUUAACACCCCCAUGAUCAGCUGAUGAAAAUGGCUGCAGCACUUGGGCAAACACAGUGAUCUCUUCAUAACCAGACACUGCUCAUUUUGUAGCAGUUGUGCUUGAUACUUUACCUAGCCGAGUGCUUGCCUGAAUAUUGCAGCCGAUUCAAUUAACUGAUAUGUCUAGAGUCAGCCCCCCCAACAAUCUAAUAUUGAUGUAUUAAUAGUCCAAGAAAACCCUUUUAAAGUACAAUAUUGUUGUGUUUUCUUAUAUUGGGCUAUAACUGUUACUGAAGCCAAUAGUAGAGGGAUGCUGAAGUUAAGCCUUUUUUUUGCUAGCGUUAAUAUUAGAAUAGUGACUACCUCUUAAAGUUUCAGAUACAGAUAUUUUGGGGAUCUAGAAUGUUCUCAGUCUUUAAGCAUUCAUUGCUUUAGAAUAAUUGUUAAAAUCACAAUGAAGAACAAAGUAAACACUGACUUCCUGGUGUACUAGUUAAUCUUUGUAGAAUAGAAUACGUUAUUUCUCUUUUUUUUCUUAUGAAAACACGUUUACAAGAACAUAAAUAUUGCUUGAAUUAUUUGUAAUAUUUCUUUCAAUGAAAUGUUGAAAAACAGUGAAUUUGAAGUUAAGGGUCAUAAUGGCUGUUUACUGUCUUCUCAAUGGACUAAAGCACUGAUUGCCUUUCUGCAUAAUAUCAUGUAUUUUUAUUUUUUUUUCAUUUCAUGUCUUUUUAUAACUGUCAAUCAUGGAAUUGUGAGGUUUAAUAUGAAU